AUGCAGAAUGGAGAUCACAUCGAGGACGAUUGCGCGGGUGCAGGCGGGCGGCCGAGCGGAUAUGUCCCGAGCGGAGCGACUGGUACCACCGCGGUCAGGGAGCAGCUGUCUUCUGUGAAGAAGGAGUUGGACUUCAUCUUGCAGCAGCUACGCGGCCCAGGUGGGCAGGUUCAGAGAAUAGAUCUCCAGGAAGUUGAGCGCCUGGUGAAGCACCUUGAGGUCGAUCGAGGUGAGCUUGCCAAGCGCUGCCAGCGACUGGCGGAGGAGAACCAGGACCUAAAGGAGGCGAAUCGUCACUUGGAGGUGGAUCUGUCGGCAGCUCGGCGUGAGCUGGAAAAUGCCAGGAGGCAACUGCGGCAUCAGCAGAUCGACCUUCAGUUGAAAGCAGGCACUUCUGAGCAGCCAGAGGCAGAGGAUGAACAGCCCUCCGCAACGGCCUGA